AUGUAAACGUAGCUAACGAAAGGAUUAAAGCCAUCAGAUUUAGAUACUAGUUACUAAAAUUCUAAUAAUGCAGGACUAGCUACUUCUUUUCAAACUAGCGCAGAUAUGAGAAUAACUGGGAUAGAUAAUGAGGCAGAUUAUAAGCCUCCAGUGAAUAUGCUAAAUGAUUUAAAUAAUUCAAGAAACUCAUAUGAAAAUUAAGCUUCAUCGACACCUGCCUCCCACAGGUUUCAAUUAAAUAAAUUAUAAACUCUCUAGGAUAGAAUUGAAAUUUAAAAGCUUAAAUAUAUGAAAUUUUCUGAACUUGCAGAUUCUCUUGAAAUAGAAUUAGAGAAUACCAAAGAAUAUUUUAAGCUAGCUGACCAGAAUAUUUAUUUUUUUAAUAUAACAUCAAAGAGAUAUUACGAUAAAGGAAAUGAGCGCUAGUGGUUGAUUAGAAGGAGAUAUCAGGAUUUAGUAUAAUUUGACUAUAAAGUAAGAAAGGAGUUAAAAAAAAAUAAACUUAAGAAGCAAAUGCCUGAUUUGCCAUUUAAGAAGGAACCCUAAAAUUAUAAAGCAAAAGACAUACUGAUUUUUUUAGAGUGUUAUUUGAAGGCUAUGAUUUAAUUAGAACAUGUUUGUAAGACUGUAGCACUUUGGGAAUUCAUAGAAUUAUCUGAUUAUACCUAUGAUGGUAUUGUUAAAGUAAAAGAAUCAUUCAUUAAAAAGCGUGCAGGUGGCCACUUUAAAAAAAGGAACUGCUUAGAUAGCUGUAUAAAUCCAUUUAAAUUAUGGAAAAAAAGAUAUAUAGUUAUUACCUCUGAAGCAAUUAUGUAUUCAAUAGGAAAUAGAGAGCCUAACUGUCAAACCAGAGAAAUGCUUUUGUUUGACCACAACUUUAGUCUAAAGUAUGGUAAAGCAUAUACUCAAAGAGAUCUAGGAAUUAUAUUAACAACUACAACCCGUCGCUUACAAUUAGAGGCAGAUGAUUUAUUUCAUUUUGUUGAUGUUAUUGCAGGUAUAAAAGAUGCAAUGAGACUUUCACCCUAUAUUGAGUUGCAUAGGUACGAUUCUUUUGCUCCUAUUAGAUAGAAAUCAUUUUGUUAAUGGUUUAUAGAUGGAGAAGGAUAUUUCUCCUAACUGUAUGAAAAAUUAUCUAAAGCUAGUCAUGAGGUUUUCAUAACUGAUUGGUGGCUAUCUCCUGAAAUGUACCUCUAAAGACCUGUAAAUUAAUACACGAAUUAAGAAACUCGUCUGGACAGAGUUUUAAAAAAAAUAGCUGAACGAGGUGUUAAAAUUUAUAUUAUUGUUUAUAGAGAACCGACUAUUGCUUUAAAUUUAAAUUCAAAUUACACUAAGUCAGCUUUAUGCUCUCUUCAUAAAAAUAUAAGAGUUAUGAGACAUCCCAGCACACUUAUACCUUUACUUUGGUCUCAUCAUGAGAAAAUGGUAGUGAUAGAUUAAAUUUAUGGUUUUUUAGGAGGCUUGGAUUUAUGUUAUGGUAGAUGGGAUUCUUAAUCUCACCCAUUAGUUGAUUAAAACUAAGCCAAAAUUUACUUUCCAGGUAUUGAUUAUUCUAAUGCUCGUAUUAGAGACUUUAGGGAUGUUAAGGAAAUAGACAAAUCAGAGAUAAGUAGAGAGACUUAGCCUAGAAUGCCUUGGCAUGAUAUCGCUAUGAUGGUAGCUGGUGAACCUGUGAAAGAUAUGGUAAGACAUUUUAUUUAAUACUGGAACUUCGCAAAAAUGGAUAUUUACAGCAAAAAUAACAACCAAUAAAUUGACCAUCUAGUGCCAGGAAUUGAAGACACUGAGAAUACAAAUAAGAUGAGUAAUGUUAUUAGCAACUAUUGGCAUAAGAUUCUCUCUAGAUUUAAAAAAAAUAAAAGAAAUGAUGGAGAAAGUCAAUCAAAGAGUAUUGAUUUUGAUAGAGCAGGGAGCUCAAUAAACUAAAUUGUAGAUUCAGUUAACGGAAUGAAGCGUUCAAAGACUAUCAAUAUAAAUAGAAAGGUUUAGGUGAAUAGAUUUUCUGCUUAUCUUGAUAAAAUCAAAGAAGAGCAAGAAGAAAAUCAAUAAAAUUAAACAAUCAUAGAGGAUGAUGACGAUAAAUCAUCUUACUCGAAAAAUAACACAAGCUUAAAUUAAACUUUUGAUAUGAAAAAGUAAAAUCUAGCUUUAAAAAAAGACGAAUUUAAUCUGACUAAAUAAGGCUUUGAAGAAAAAACUAUCCCAGAAGAUUUUAAAAAUAUAUUCGGUGAUGUUUCAAGUAUUGUAUAAAAACCAACUUGUUUAAUUAGUUAAAGAGAAACAGAUGUAAAAAAUAUAAGACCUAAAAAUAAUUCAAAUAUCGAAAUGAGCUUGAUUAAUGCAACAGCAUAAACAAAAUAGGAUAAAGCCUUAGAUACAACAGUUAAUUAGAAUCCAAAUGAAAGCAUGAUACUUCCAAAGUUGCUAGGCUAAACUUAUUAAUUUAAUUUGGGUAACGAUAAGACUAACAAUUCUAUACAUAAUCACUCUCAUGCUAAUUAAUUAAACACAAGUCAUAACAACAAUAAUACUUCUAUAAUUUUAAACAAUGUUUUUACCUCCAACAAAGAAGGAGGUGGAGAAUAAAAUAAUAUUGAUUAAAAUAUUUAAGAAUAGCUUAUUUAAAGCAGACGCUUAAGAAAAAGUGAAAUUAAAAAUAGAUAGACAAGAUCAACUUCUGUAAUAAUACCUGUAACUAUAAAUAAUAGAUAAACAUAUAAACCAUUCAGUUUAGAAUAUGAAGAUAUGCACGAGCUAAAUAAAUACAAUUUAUAUGUCCCAAUUGUAGAAAAACUGAAGAAAAACUACGAAGAAGCAGAUGAAUAAGAUUAAAAUUACUACAUUAUUUAUAAAAGUUAGAUUUAAAACCAUGAAUAAAGUACUUAAAAGAAUAGUGGAAUUGGAGCCAACUUUUUUAAUAUUUUCAAAACAAAGUCAAAAGUUGUACCUUAAAAUAAUAACGAGAAUGUUAAAAGAACCUUUUCAGAGUAGUCGGAUUAUUCUUUUAAUGCUUCUGCUGCCAAUUAUUCCAAGGAAGAAGAUGAUUCUUUAGAUAACAGCUUUGGGCUUUUUAAUAGAAAGAAAAAUUUUGAUCGACUCAAGCUUGAAAACAAUAAAUUUAAACAAAAUGGAACAUGCAUCUGUUAAAUGCUUAGAUCAAGCAGCAGCUGGUCGUUAGGUUUGCAGUAAAAAAAUCAUGAAAUGUCAAUUUAAUUAGCUUAUAUUGAUUUAAUUACUUCUUCUUCAAACUUCAUUUACAUAGAAAAUUAAUUCUUUAUUUCUUGUUCUGCAGGCCCUAAAGUAAAGAAUUUGAUAGCUCAAGCUCUUAUAGAGAGAAUAAAAAAAGCAGCAGAAAAAGGAGAAAACUUUAAGGUUGUUGUAGUUAUGCCUCUGCUUCCAGGAUUUGAAGGUGAAGUAAAUGAUUCAGGAUCUGCAGUUAUGAAAUGCUAACUCCACUGGGAAUAUGCUACUAUAAGUAGAGGGGGUUAAUCUAUUUUAGAAGAACUAAGGUCACAUCCUAAAAUAGAUGAUCCUUCUAAAUAUAUUUAAUUUUAUGGACUCCGCCAGCAUGAUAUUAUAGAUGGCAAGCCUGUAACAGAAAUUAUAUAUGUCCAUAGUAAGCUAAUGAUUGUUGAUGAUAAUUAUGUAAUUAUGGGAUCUGCGAAUAUAAAUGAUAGGAGUAUGCUUGGAACACGUGACUCUGAAAUAGCUAUGAUCGUAGAAGACACAGAUAAAGUGAUGUCAAAAUGGAAUAAAACUGUUAAAAAAGUUGGUAAAUUUAGUCAUAGCCUCAGAGUAGCUCUAUAUCAAGAGCAUUUUGGACUAAGUUAUGAUGAAGCAAGUGAUCCACUCUGCGAAACAACUGACAAUCUUAUAAUAUCUAGAUCUAAAUAAAAUACUCUCAUUUACAGACAAGUCUUUGCCUGCUAUCCAGAUGACAAAGUAGAAACCUUGAAUUAGCUAGAUGAUUUCCAGAAAUCUAAAAACCCAGAUUUUUAUUAUUAAUACAAAGAUAGUAUUAUAGGAAAUGCAGUUGAGCUACCUUUAGAUUUCCUCAAAAAAGAAAACCUUAAUUUUAACAUUUCCCAAAAAGAGUAUUUCGUUCCUGAUGAAAAUUUUACAUGA